AUGUCGGCGUCCACGCCCGGCGACCUGUACGAGACGCUGUGCGGCUGCGUCAGGGACGUCUACAACAACUACCCGGCCGGGUGGCCGAAGAUACUGAGGCCGACAUCGGGCUUCUCCCUCCUGCCGGGGAUCGUGUCGGAGGCCGCCCGGUCGCAGGGCGGCAUCACGCGGUGUGGCCUGUUCCCGGAGAUCUCGCGGGCCUGGGCGACGGUCGGCGGCACGGUGUACGUCUGGCGGACAGACAGGAGCACCGAUGUGCCGUUGGAGCACACAGCGAGCGAUGGCAAGAUCGUGCAAGUGGAUUUGUUGCAACCCAGGAAGGGUGUCUUUCGUGGUAUCAACCACAUCCUGGUCGUUGUCACACGAUUCCAGAUCAGCAUGGUGGCCUUGACCCUGGACUAUGACGGCGCUGGCACUGUCUUGGAGCCCCUUUCACUUUACAGGGCAUCCACAGACAACGUCCUGAUGACCAGUGUGUGCACGACACCGCUGGGGCGUAUUUUCAUGGGAGGUGAAGAUGGCCACCUGUAUGAGGUGCUGUACCACACUGGGUCUGGUUUCUUGUGGAGUCAACGGAAAUGCCAGAAGGUAUGCCACACCAAGGGGUGGCUGGACAUGCUGCCUACAUUCCUUUCACAAGGCUACCAUGGCGUGGCGAAGAUCGCAUGUGACAAUGACAGGCACAUACUCUACACUCUAAAUGGAGAAACGAUGCUACAGGUUUUUGAUCUUGGGAAGGAUGGCAUGGAAAAACCCCGCAAAGUUGCUGACUACGGUGACCUGCGGUCACUUGCAUUCAGGGCUCCUGGAGGGAUGGAAGCAUUCCGUGGAAGUGGAAAUCGGAAAAUUAGAGAGAUUCUUCCUAUUGCGAAAGCCGAGUCUUCCAAACUGCAGCUGCUGGCGAUAACCUCGGAUGGGUGCCGUGUCUUCUUUACUGCUGGCCCCCACGUUGGGGAUGGCAGGCCAACGUGCCUUGAGGCUGUGCUGGCACAGCCUGCACCCCCUGAAAAUCUGGUGGACCUGCGAAGGACCGAUAAGGUGCAGUGUGCCAUCUUUGGCCAGGGCACCAUCAUCUCGGGGGGCUCAAUGCGCCAACUGACGGCAACCACCCUUGUGCCUGCUGUGGGGGGCAGCAAGGUGUAUGUGCAGCAAUGGACAUUUGAUGCCGAAGGACCCCUCAUGGCAUUGGCUGCCAUUCCAGAACACACGCCAAUCGUAGAAGAUGUCCUGGGGAGCGAGUUUGUCACCCAGGUCUUCCACCCGCCCCAGAAGCUCAUUAUGAUGGGCACCAGUGGCUGGAUGCAGCUGGAGAAACGCAGGCCGCUGGAGAUCCUUGCGCACCUUUUCUACCAGGGGGAGCACGCCAGGGUCGCAGAGUUUUUUAAGAUCUACAGGCCGGACGAUGCCGCAGCGAUGUGCUGGCAGCUGGCGGCAAGCCCUCCCGAUGGAACAGCAUCGGCGAUUUCAGAAGCGGCAGCUUCACUUCUUCAACGUCCCACAAUAAGGAUUGAAGCAGAUUCAGAAGCCGUCUACAAGGGUCUGCGGCUGUACAUUGACCGUCUCCUGGUCCCGAUGCGCCGAUCAAGGCUCUUUGUUGACGUUGGACAGGGCAUCAUAAGCUGCCCUUUCUCUACUUCAAUUCUUGUGUUUCUUGAAAGGCGGUUUUCCCAGCUGAUGAAAUCCCUGUCAGCACAUCAUUCCGACGAGAUCGUUGACCUCAAGAUGUUUGUUGCUCGAGCUUAUGAGGCCCUGCAUUUGAUUGGUGUCUUUGUGCACAACAAUAUUGGGAGGCUUGUGGUUCGCCUUGAGGCACGCCUGCGCCGUGGGCUGACAUCUCUGACACUGGAUUCUGUACUCAACGUUGAUGGUGAUGGUGAGGGAGAGUCGCACAGCUCCAUUGUACUGGGAGCACUCCUUCGCGAAUUCCUCAAGGAGAGGACAGACCAGAACGAGAUUGCUGUGGAGCUGCGGAAAAAAUGUCCAUCCUUCUUUCGAGAGGAGGACUACCAGCACUUCCAGGCCCAGAAUCUGCUCAAAGCCGCUGCAAAAAUGCCCCCAGGGCCCCGCCAAAGGCAGCUCACAAAUGAAGCCGUGUCUGCGAUGUUGGCAGCGCCACUCACAGGGAACCUGGAUUCUAUUGUGUCAACACUCUUCAAGUUGAAACACAUGCAGGGCGUUGUCGACAUUCCCCUAGCAGCAGCUGCGAAGGUUGACCCACAUGAGCUGGCAUUCAUAGAUCAGGCAAACCCACAUGUCGAGGCUGCACGUGUGGAGCGACAGGCGUGCUGUCUGCCUGCACUGCACGUGGCAUCGGCCCUCCUGAAGGACCCAGCCGCCUUGGGCGUCACCAAGGAGGAGAGCAAGACCCUGUUCCGAGAGUUCCUGCUGGCAGCCACCAGAGCGCAAGACAAACUUUUCCUGGCCGAGCUUUUCCAUCUCCUGGUGUCGAACGGCUGUGACAGUGAACUGCUUGGCUUCAACCACUCCUACGUUGAACAUUUUCUUGGAAAGGAGGCCGGUCUGCGGGGGGACAAGGCGCUCAGUGUUGGGCAGCUGCGUCACGCGGAGCUGCUGGGGCAACUGUAUGCUGCUCGAGGGGAUGGUGUGAAUGCAGGGAAUGUGUUCUGUGUGAUUGGAGACAGGGGGGUGCAGGGUGCGGCGCAGGAUGACAGGGUCGGCUACUAUCGUAGGGCGAUUAUUCAGUUUGAGAGGGCCGGCAACGAUGAGUUGAAGCGCAAGAUGAGGGAGAGGGUGACGGCAGUUGAGAUGCAGUCCCAGGUGUUGGAGCGCAUGAGGGCAGUGCCCGAGGGAGUGGAGGGCAGGGAGGAAGCCCUGCAAGACCUCCAGAAGAGGUUCAUACCCGUUGGAGAGCUCUUUCGCAAGUACACCACAAAGUACAAGAUGUGGGAUCUCUGCAUUGAGACCAGCACCCAUUCUGGGGAUUUCGACGCCGACGACAUCAAGAAACUAUGGGAUCUGUUCAUGAGGCAGGGUUGGGAGGAGCAGGCAGGAAACGGCACAAAGGCCCAAUCGACAGAGGUUGCAAGGAGGGUGGCGGCACUGGGGUCGAAGGUGUACCCUUCCCCAAGCUUCCCUUCGAAGUGGAUCUGCUACCGGAUGGAGCAGAUGGCAGUUGGGAUGUGGCCAGUCGAUUGGAGCGCAGCCCAACCCAGCCUUGAAGACCCAAACCUCAUGACAGUCCAGGCGCUGACCACUGUCUAUGGGGACUCCCUCCUCAAGGUGCUCGAGUUGUACGACAGCUUUGCACGAGACCAGCACAUAGCGCAUGGCCCCCAGGCCUUGCGGUGGCAGGUCACGGUGUCAUUGCACCACAUAUGCAGGAAGCUCCAGAGCAGCGAGGGACGGGGGGUUGGCAGGGGUUCGGGCACAGCUGGCGUGGGGGUGGCUGGCGGGGAUGGGGCACAAACAUUGGAGCUUUGCAUUGCAGAGGCGAGGAGACUGCUGCGAGCAGCAUGA